UUGGUCGGGAAUAUUAUACCAGUUUCAAGGAAUACUUCCGUGAAGAAACCUCGUAAAGAUGCACAAAUCCAAAGGACCAAAGCAAGCAGAAGACCUCGAUAUGGACAACCUGGUAGAAUCUGAAUUGGCUAGACUCAAAAGACAGUACAGAAUCAUGGAAGGGGACCGAAAAGCCUUCUUCGAAGAGAUGAACACCAAGCUGGCCAAACAGAGAGCAAUUAUACAAACAUUGAGAAACGAAAGAAAUCAAUUAUUGGCUGAUCUGAAAGUAGCUACUAGUGCAUCUAAAAAGAGGACCAUUAGGUCACUCUCAGCGAAACUCAAUAAAAUGUAUACCAGCUACGAAACAUACAUGGAGAUAAUCGAAAAGGAAAGGCAUGAUUUGAGGGAGUUAAAUGGGCAGAUAAGAAAGUUGGAGAAAAAGAUCGAUCAAAUAAGAAGCAACGACAUAACAGAAACGCAGUUCAAGACAAGGUUACAAUCGGGCAAAAAGAGUAUAGAACUCCUAGAAAACAGACUGCAAAACUCGAUCAAGCGAUUCUGUUGUGUUCUAAGCGAGAAUAAGAAGCUAAGAGAAGACAUUGAUCAUCUUCUGAAAGAAAGAUCUAAUUUCAACACAAUAUGGCAGAGUCUUUUAGAAAAAUUGGCAGAUGGUAAAAAAUUCAUGCUCAAUAUAAUUGAGGAAGCUACAUUAGCCUACGAUACAAGAGAAGAAUGGUGUGCGAAACUUCACGCCUUAAAGAUGAGAGCAAAAAACGAAGAACUUCUGCAUACCCAGGGCCUUCGUGAAAUGCAGAGAAUAUUGGAUCACGAUGACAAACUGAAGGAUUUUCUGUCAGUUAAAGGUCAGAAAAGGAUUAUGAAAGAUCUGGAAAUAAAAGAACAAUUCAGAAGAGAAGAAAUAAUGAAGAAUGAGGCGAAACAAAUUGAAAUAUAUGAAACAACCUUAAAACAAAUACAAGUUUUCUGUGAAGAAAAAGAUAUUGAUCGUAUAGCUGCGAAGUAUUUGAAACAGGACGAAGAAAAUUUUGCCUUGUUCAACUAUGUCAAUGAGUUGCACCACGAACUGGAAUGCUUAAAUAUGGAAUUGGAUGACCUUAAGGUGAAGCUUGAAGAGCAAAGAGCAUCAAGUGAAAACGAUGCUAAAGAUAAACGUUCCAAUAUCAAGAUGAUUGACGAAUCUUUAGAAAAUAUCAAGGUGGAGGUUGAACAGGCCGAAAUGUGCUCAAAGAAAAACGAUGAAAAGCUUCAAAUAAUAAAGGAUGGAGUUUUUGAAAUGUUUAACAUUUUGGAUUGCAACCAUGUGCCAAUCUUACAACUUAUAGGUGACAAUGCAAAAAUCAAUUCCAAUAAUGUCAUGAUCUAUCUCAGUUUGAUAGAAAAGAGACUUUCCGAGCUUGUGACCUUGGCAUUUGUCACUGAUGCUACAAUUUUCACCGAAGAUGACAAGGAGUUCUUAUUGGAAUUGAAGAAUAUUUCAUGAUAAUAAAUAGUGCCAAACAUCUAGUCCCGUUCCUUUACCUUUCAUUAA